ACGUGGGCCGCCCUGUCCCGUCCCGCCACCGAUGGCCGCCGCCGCAACGUCGUCGUGGCUUCUCCGGAGACCUAUCUCCUCCGUCCUCCUAGCGAGGCGUGCCACCCCAAGAAUCCUGCGCAACACCAUCUGCUAUUCCUCCUCCGCAUCCGCCCCCGCCGCACCACCGCCGUCUCCGCCUGACACCUCCGCCGGCGAUGGAGGCGGCGGGAUGAGAUGGGAGUCGGCGCGGAAGAAGAGGGUGGUGCUCCGCGUCGGCUACGUCGGCACCGAGUACCGAGGCCUUCAGAAGCAGCGGGAGCUUAGCGUGGACUCGACCAUCGAGUCAGUCUUGGAAUCUGCCACCUUCAAGGCGGGGGGCAUUCUUGAGAGUAAUUAUGGAAAACUGCAAAAGGUUGGGUGGGAGAGGAGUAGCCGAACUGAUAAAGGGGUACACUCGCUGGCUACAAUGAUCUCCCUUAAAAUGGAAAUCCCUGAUAGAGCGUGGGAGAAUGAUCCUGAUGGCAUAUCUCUUGCCAGUUUUAUUAACUCAAAUUUGCCAAACAAUGUCAGGGUUUUUAGUAUCUUGCCUGCACAAAGGAGUUUUGAUGUAAGGAGGGAGUGCUUAUACCGUGAGUACUUCUAUCUUCUUCCUGCUGAAACUAUUGGAAUUAAAGAUGGUUGUAGCUCCGAAGAAGUGCAAGAGCACUUGUCAGAAUUCAACAGCAUACUGAAAGGUUUCGAGGGAAACCAUCCAUUUCAUAAUUACACUGCACGUGCCAAGUACAGAAAAGUUCUUGCGGGAAGACACCGAAGGGUGAAAGGUGCAGGUUCGACACUGAAGUCCAUGCCCUCUGAAAUGGGUAUGGAAGAAAGCUCUUCAGAACAUGAUGAAGACCUGAAUAUUUCAUCAAUGAUUGAUUCUGGUGUAUCGGAAGACAAUUGUAUGAAUGAUAUUGCCAAAGGUUCUGGGAAUCAGGUGCAGAUUCAGGCUAGGUGGCUAUAUGAGCCUGAUGAGAGUGAUAGGCUAAAUGCUUCACAUUUCAGAGAUAUUAUCACCUGUUCCUGUGGAGAAUUGCAGAGUUCAUCAGGAAUUCAAUUUGUGGAAUUGACCAUAUGCGGAGUAUCCUUCAUGCUACAUCAGAUCCGAAAGAUGGUUGGAACUGCAGUGGCAGUGAAGCGUGGAUUACUACCCAAAGAUAUCAUUGAAUUGUCUCUAGCAAAGUUUUCUAGAAUCGUUCUACCAAUAGCCCCUUCAGAAGUUCUGAUCCUUGGAGAUAAUAGUUUCUGCACAAAAAACAAAGAAGGGAGAAUUGUUCGCCCUGGGAUCCAGUCAAUUAACAAUUCGGCGGAAAUCAGGAAGGGGGUUGAGGAAUUCUACAAGGCGGCUCUUCUGCCUGAGCUAGCGAAAUUCUUGGAUCCAACUAUGCCGCCGUGGAAAGAAUGGGUAGAGAACUUGGACCGGUUCGCCAGCAUACAAAAUUCGCAGCUGGAUGAAGUUAGGGAGGCCUAUAGAGUAUGGAAGGCUGAUUAUGACCGAGUGAAGAUGGCUAGAAAGAGUGCCGAAGCUGCUCAUAAGGUGGACAAGGAACUGAAUUGAAUCGUUCGCUGAAGAGAAUGUCAUUUCUCUUGUGCAGCCAGUUCCUUAUACUGGAUCUACUUGAGUAUUGGGUUGGCGGAUGUCACCACCUGUUAUGUUGCUUGGGUUUAGUUCAAAUCUGAAAUAGUUCCCAGAGCUGAGUCCCUCCUAUCCAAGCAGGCCCUUGGUGUUGCAUCUAAUCCAGGAGAACAAGGGCAAGAGGCUGAAGCAUUAAUUGACCCUACCAGGACAAUUUGCAGAUUGAAAAUAUCGAGAUUCUGUCUUCGUUGAAUCGCAGACUUACCGAUUAAAGUGAAGCAAGUAAUACACUUAUCUGGAGCCAUUUUAGUCCACUUCACCUUUUUUGAACAAUGGAUUGUACUGGUUCACUUCAUAUUAUCCAUUCAUACAUGCAAUCCAUCAAGCCGUGUAUACUGUUGUUCUUCA